AUGUCCUUCGCGAAAUUUGAGCUGGACAACCGAAUCGAGCAGGCAAUCGCCCAGCUCGGUUACACAGAACCCACACCCAUCCAAGAAACAAGUAUUCCAUUGGCUCUGAAAGAGAAGAAGGAUAUCGUCGCCAAGGCCAGAACCGGUAGCGGGAAAACUGCUGCCUACCUUAUUCCUAUUCUUCAAAAUAUGCUCACGACCGCUCGCCCAGGAAACCGGUGCUUGAUUGUUGUUCCUAGCCGUGAGCUCGCCGAUCAAGUUGUUCGAGUUUUGAGCGGGCUCACUAUGUUCUGUUCUCGUCAAAUUUCAUACGCUAAUGUCGCCCAACAGGUGGCAGACAAAGUGAAAGCGACUCUGCUGGCAGACUCGCCGAGUAUUAUCGUAGCCACGCCUUCCAGUGCACGCGCUCAGAUCGAGGCUGGUCAUAUCGACACUGAGGGUAUUGAGUUUGUCGUGUUUGAUGAGGCAGACUUACUCGUCUCGUACGGCUAUGAAGAGGACCUUGAAGUCUUGAAAAAUCGCCUGCCUGAACACGCUCAAAGCUGGCUCAUGAGCGCCACGUUAGGUGAUGACGUUGAAAAUCUCAAGAAAUGGUUCUGUCGUAUGCCGGUGACCCUAAAGCUUCAAGAUACUUCAUCGCAAGACCAGCUUCUGCAAUACUAUGUGAAAACCGGGGAACUCGACAAGUUCCUUCUGGCCUAUGUCAUUUUCAAGUUAAAUCUCAUCAAGGGUAAGACCAUCAUUUUCGUCAAUGACACCGACCGCUGUUAUCGGCUCAAACUGUUCUUUGAGCAGUUCGGCAUCAAGUCAUGCGUUCUCAAUUCUGAGCUCCCUGUUGCAUCUCGACUGCACAUUGUUCAAGAAUUCAACCGUAAUGUUUACAAUCUACUGAUUGCCACUGACGAAUCGCACGAGUCUGAUGCUGAUCAGGAAGCUAAUACUACCCAACAAGCAGCCAAGGACGGAGACUACGGUGUGAGCCGUGGCGUCGAUUUCAAAAAUGUCGCCUGUGUCGUGAAUUUCGACCUCCCAACAUCUUCAAAAGCCUAUACUCACCGAAUUGGCCGCACGGCUCGCGCCAACAGAGCCGGCAUGGCCUUGUCCUUCGUAGUACCCAGGGAAGAGUUUGGCAAGCAUAAAGUUGCAACCACACCCACAUCUCGUAGAGAUGAAAAAAUAUUGGACCGUAUUAUGAGUGCUCAGACUAAGAUGGGAAACCAAGUCAGCCCCUACCAGUUUGAUAUGAAACAGGUCGAGAGCUUCCGGUACCGUAUGGAGGAUGCAUUCCGGGCAGUCACGAGAGUUGCCGUGCGUGAAGCUCGGGUUAAAGAAAUCAAAAACGAAAUUCUUGCCAGUGACAAGCUCCAGCGUCAUUUUGAGGAAAACCCCGACGAUUUGGCAGCUCUUCGUCACGACAAAGAGCUGCACCCGGCUCGGGUUCAGACCCAGCUCAAGCGGGUCCCAGAUUAUUUGCUGCCUGCUAGCGCACGGGUCACCAAGCCUUUGUUUGUUCAACAACGUAUCCCCUUCCACAAACAACGCCGUGGCAAGAAACUGGAUAGAAAGAAGGGUCGCAAAGGUAAAGAUCCUCUGAAAAGUUUCGGUCGUUAG